GUGUUUUCCUAACAGGAAACCUCAUGACAUGGAGAAGCAAAAAACAUAAUGUUGUGACACGAUCAUCUGCUGAAUCUGAACUAAGAGCUCUUGCCCAUGGCUUAUGUGAACUUCUAUGGAUCAGAAUUAUUCUCUUAGAUUUACGAAUCAAGUGGAAAGGACCAAUGGAAUUGAGGUGUGAUAACAAAUCAGCAAUCAACAUAGCCAAUAAUCCAGUCCAACAUGAUCGGACCAAGCAUAUUGAGAUUGAUGGACACUUUAUCAAAGAAAAGGAUGAAGGAGGUCUGAUCGAACUAAGCUACACUCCCUCAGAAGAUCAAGUUGCAGAUGUGUUUAUCAAACCUCUGCACAGUCCUAGGUUUCAUGGCCUUAUUGUCAAGCUAGGCAUGACGGAUAUCUACAAACCUAGCUUGAGGGGGGUGUUGAUAAAACGAAGAGACAUCAUUAAUCUAGGAUUUAUUUUCCUUAUUAUUACUGUAAUUAUGUGUCUUUAGUGCUUCAGGUUGUAUUUAAUAGCUGCUGUCUUUUCAGUUCUCAAUCAUUUAUGUUUAGUAUUUAGACAGUCACCUAGGGUACUGAAUAGACUCUCUCAGGAUUCCUAUCUGUAUAAAUAGCUUAUGUACUUCUUGUAAAUGAAUUCAUGGAAAUAAUAUUCAGAAAACUUCAGAACGGUUAGAGGGUUGAGGGGUUGGUUGCUGAUUGUUGUCUUCUGUGUGAGCCUUGACUGUGUUAGGAAUUGGGCCUAAUAGACUUUUAGGAAUUGGGCCUAAUAGACCAAGAAUGAUAAUAAAUGUACUAGAUUAGUAUAAAUAGAAUAAGCUGGGAGAAGUGAGGUAGGCUGUUUAGACUUUUGUCUUGUACUGGGAAGUUAGAGACUAAUAAUCUCUCUCUUUGGGGGCUUCGGCCAUUUGGGGGCUUCGGCCAUUAUUACUGUUCAUCGAUAAUAAAGCUUGAUUGUUUUCUUGAUUCUAUUCUACAUUUUUCUGUAAAUUGUUGUGUUUUCUGGAGUUAUUCUAUCAGACUGCCCGAUUCUGCAGCUUUUCUUCUCCCCUCCGUCCACAAGGCUAAAUAAGAGACAAGGAGGCGGCUAUCUCUUUUCCUCACCCUCCAAGCUUCAACAUCUGCUUUUCUUUGGAGUACAUUAUCCCUUCAUCAAAAUGGUGAGCUGCCAAAUAAAUCUCUUGGCUUUAAACUAAUUGGAGACUGUCUUAACUUAACAGAACAUUUGAGUUUGACAUCUUAAACCGCAUCAGCGAGAACUUUAGCCAAGUCGUCAUUUUUAACGUCGGUAUAACAGACGUACUCAAUUGAUAGUAAAAAGUCAAGUUGAUGUACUAUGAGGUAUCUAAUACAAAAUUAUGUACUCUUUAUGAUAGGGGAGAUAAGUUCAUAAAAAAUGAUAAGAUAAAAAAGAAAAAAAGAAUAAUAUAUAUAAUAAAAAGCAUAAAAACAUAAGAAAGAUAAAGAGGAUACAAAGAUAAAAAGAUAAAAAAGAUGAAAAUAGAUCAAUCCUCCACAUAAAUAUUCACCCUCCACUUUGUUCUAUUUAAAGUCAUACUCUCAUCCAACCCAUGAAGAAACAUAUCACUAUUGACUCCUCUACUCCACGUCUGUUUGGAUUUUCAUCUCCCUCUCUGAUAGGAACCCACUUAUUAGACUAGUAAUAGUAGUAAUAAUAAUAAUUGUAGUAAUAAAGGUCUGGGAGUACUCUAGUAUAAAUAGAGGAGAAGGGGGAGUUAGUAUUCAGGCUGUUUGAUGCUUUGGCAUUAGGACUGGGAAGAUUAGAGAAUAGUUCUCUUCUCUUUGGGACUGGACUGUACGGUGUACCUCCAUUAAUGAAACUUUACUAUUUUCUGAAGCUAGCUUUACUGUUCAUUCCUCUUGUAUUACUGUGCUACUCUAUCAGUGGUAUCAGAGCACGUGUGAUCGCUGAAUGAUCUUAACUCGUGCGAAAAUGGAAGGGAGACUGACAGAGAUGGAACGGAAUCAAAGGGAGAUGCAAUUGAGCAUGGAGAUGAAUCAAAGGGAGUACCAAGCUAAUAUUGAAAGGAAUCAGCGUGAUAUGCACGCAAUGAUGUCUGCGAUGCAAGCUAGCAUCGCCGAUAUUCAGAGGAUAAUGUCAGAUCGAUAGCGUAGCCAAUCACAUCACUCUAGUACAUCGCAUCGUUCUUCUCACCGCAGACAUGCGAGGCGAACGGGAAGUACUGAAGACUCAGGUACUAAUUCCGAUCGUGACGAUACUCAUGAGAAUCGCGAUCGUCAUAGAAACCACAGUGUCGCCCUACUGCAGGAAGGAAAAUAGAUUUACCUAUUUUCAGUGGCGAAGAUGCGUUUGGAUGGUUAGUAAGGAUGAACCGGUAUUUCAGAUUGAAUCAUACAGGGGAAGAGGAUAAAAUCGACGUAGAGUGAUAGCGAUGGAGGACCAGGCCUUGAGCUGGUUUCAGUGGUGGGAGGGACAAGCUCAACACAUGAAUUGGGAGUCGUUUACCAGGGAUUUGACUAAACGAUUCCAACCUGAGUUAGUGCAAGAUCCGUUGGGACCACUAUUCAGUUUAAAGCAAAAAGGGACCAUAAAAAAGUACAGAGAUAAAUUUGAGGUUGUUAUUGCUUCACAGAGCCAUUUGACUGAAGAGGUUUUGAAAGGAGUGUUUUUAAAAGGUCUCCAACGUGACAUCAGGGCUGAAUUGAAACUCUACUCUGCAAGGACUUUGGCUGAGAUCAUGGAUAAAGCUUCACUUAUUGAGAAUAAGAAUAAUGAAGCCAUAAUUGUGAGGAACAAAUAUGAAGAGAAGAAGAAGGGGCAAGGGAAAUACAGUAACCAGAGCACACAACCAAAUUGGAGUGAUGGAAAUAGAUGGAAAAGCAUGCCUAACCAAUCUGCAGGUAUAGUAAGAAGUACAAUUGAUCAGAAAAUUAAUAAGGAAGUGAAAGCACCAGAUACGAAUAGAAAUGGCCCUAGAUUAUCCAGAACUGAAUUGCAAGAAAGAAGUAGGAAGGGAUUAUGUUUUAAAUGCGGUGAAGACUGGAAUAAGAGGCAUGUUUGUAAGAUGAAGAAUUACAAAAUGAUACUGGUAGAGCAAUCUGGGGGAGAGAAUGAAUCUAAAGUUGAGGUUAUGGAUAAUGAAGAGGAAGAAGGGGAUUCUCAGCAACUUAAAACUAUGCAAUUAUCUGUUUUAAGUAAGGUUGGCAUUCCUUCAAUGAGAACUUUCAAGGUGAAAGGUAACCUGAAAUGGAUAGAUGGACAGGAACAGGUGAAUAUCUUAAUUGACUGUGGUGCUACCCACAAUUUCAUAUCCAGGGAUUUAGUUGAUGCAUGGAAGAUUCCUUUUGUCCCUAUACAAGGGUUUAAGGUUCAGAUUGGGAAUGGUGAUCUGAUUCCUAAUGGAGGCAGAUGUGAUGGACUGAAAUUGGAAGUACAGGGAACUGAAAUACAACAAUCUUACUACAUUUUGGAACUUGGAGGCACAGAUGUGGUCUUGGGGAUGGAGUGGUUGACUGAGUUGGGCAAUGUGGAAGUUAAUUUCCAGAAACAGGUAUUGAAUUGGAAGCAACAAGGGAGAAACUGCACCAUUGAUAGAGACUUUACUAAACUGAAGAAAAGAAGAUAAAUACUCUAAUAAAGUGUAUUUUAGAAAGAAAUAGGGUCUGUUAUUAGUCUAGUUUGUUAUGAGCUAAUAACUACUGGGGGCUAGCCUUCCUUACUAUAAAUAGACUACAGUUAGAAAUUGGGAGCAGGCUGUUUAGACAUUUUGUCUUGUACUGGGAAGUUAGAGACUAAUAAUCUCUUUCUUUGGGGGCUUCGGCCAUUGGGGGCUUCGGCCAUUGAUUCUGGUUCUUCUUCAAUACAGUUUCUUGAAUUGUUCCUUUAAAUUCUGUUCAUCUUUUCUGUAAUAUUUCUGUGAAUCUGGACAUCUCUAACAUUGGUAUCAGAGCCGUCGAUCGCUGAGAUAACCACGCCUGAAAAUGGAGGGACGACUCACUGAAGUGGAGAGGAAUCAGCGUGAAAUGCAAGCUAGGAUGGCGAAUAUAGCGGCUAAUAUGGCCGUGAUGCAAGCGGUGAUGCAAGGGGUGAUGCAAGUUAGCAUCGCAGAAUUGAAGGUCAGAAUCUCGAGGAGUCAUUCGCAUAGAUCAAGUACUGCGCACCAUGGACACGCAAGAAAUUGCGAUCAAGGAGAGAGUGGUAACAUCGCACGUCAAGCGGAGAACCCUAGAAAUCAUCCAUCUCAGUCGCUCACCAAGUCGCAUAAGGAUGUUUCGCACUCGCGAGAGGAUUCGCGCGGAAAACUGGGGAAGCUCGCGGAAGAGGUUGAGCGAGGAAAAGUGGAGAAAGAGAAGUGCGAAAAAAUGGAGAAAGAGAAGUGCAAAAAGAUGGAGAAAGAGAAGCGCGAAAAAGUGGAGAAAAAGAAGAGCGAAAAAGUGGAGAUAAAGAAGAGCGAAAAAGUGGAGAAAGAAAAGCCUUCAAACAUGGAGAAGGGGAAGCCCAAGCUGCUGAAACAACGUCGGCGAGGAAGGUCAAGGACUGUACGUCACUGUAUAAAUUCGAAGAACAGAGGUUUGUCUCAGUCGCAAGAGAUUUCUUCCGGUCCUCUGGCUUCGACUCAAGUAGAAAACCUUAGUUCGCAAUCUCUAUUUGAGUCCCCAGAGUCGCAUCAGAAGUUGGUCAAUCAGCAACUACAGCCCACGGAGGUUACACACACUUAUGGCAAAGAGGAAAGCAAGAAGAAAUCUUCAGUUAAUCUUGGACUGGAAGAUGGAGCAAUUACUCGUUUCCUCAUUUGUAAUAACACUUCCAGCCUGAAGAAUAGCUGCAAAGAUUGGAGUGCUUUUAAAAAAUAUGAACUUCCUUCAUCUGACAAGGAAGGAUGGAACCAAAGAAGUAGGGAUGAUGUACUUGUUGAUGCAGGAGCUGACUUUGUAUUCUCAGCCGCAAAGUGUUGUUUGGUUUAUGUGUUGCUUCAUAGUAGCAAAGAUUGUGCCAUUUUAAAAAUAACCUGGGGUCUUCCACUAUCUGUUUCAAGGCACAAGGUGAAAAUGGACUUUCCCUUUGAGAAAUGUACAGUUACAGAGAGUUUUUGGUGGGGAAUUUCUAUGGAAGUUGUAUGGUGGAAUGAUAUGGGGAGUACUCAAAGUGUGGCAGAGGGUGGCAUUGUUUUACUGAAAAGCAUCAUGGUUGUCAAUCAUAAUUCAAUGGGAGGAAAGUCAACUGGAGUGGAAGCAAUUUGUAGUUCAAAAAUUCUUGAUGAGCAGAUUAAAGAGGAUGAGAAUCCUGAUGUUCAAGACAAAAACACAAAUUCUGCUACCGUUGUAAGUGUUAUACUUCAGGGAAGCAUGAAAAUAAUUGAAGCCAUUGAAGACCUGAAGACUGAAGAGAAUGAAAGUUCACCGGAGACAAUAUAUGUUGCAGUAACAUAUGUGAAUUGGAAAGAUCAAGUAAUGAAGCUCAUCUAUCAGAAAUUAAUGAGAUAUUGGGAAGGACGAAGCAUCAGGAUGAAGAGGAAGCAGAAGAUGGAAUUGAAACCUGAGGGCAUCAGACAACAAAUUCCACCCUUCCAACUUGAGGGCAAGUUGGAUUUUCAGGAGGGGAGAUUUGAUAGAGACUUUACUAAACUGAAGAAAGGAAGAUAAAUACUCUAAUAAAGUGUAUUUUAGAAAGAAAUAGGGUCUGUUAUUAGUCUAGUUUGUUAUGAGCUAAUAACUACCGGGGGCUAGCCUUCCUUACUAUAAAUAGACUACAGUUAGAAAUUGG